AUGAAUCAAGGCGUGCACUCGCCUUCGCAGGCACCGAUUCAGGUGAUCGAAUUCGAGACGUCUACCAAAGAUAGUCGGACCUUUAGGCAUCACAAGGAUCCCGCGUCAGGACGGCGAAGGUCGUCGCAGCUCCGUUCCAGCGUUGGUUCUUUGGGAUCUGCCAGCUUUGACGACGAUGAGGGAGAGUUCGCUCACGAAGAGGAAGGCUCCAAAAUGGGGAAGUUUUUGUUUGAGAAAGAUGUCGAUGUCGAUGAUGGCCUUUUGAAGAUCAGGAGCAACGGAUCCGCGACCGAUAUUGACAGACUCAGUCAAAGCUACAAGAGCCUUGGCAAGAGCAGCACGAAAGGACACAAUAACACUCGCAAGAACAACGGCGCUAGCCGCAAAGUACGCCGUUCGCAUUCGGUGGCUGGCGCAGUGGGGAAGGAAGAAAUUCCAAUUCUGGAAAAGGGCCACAAGUCAGCCUCCUGCGUGGCGGAAUCACCGGCUACAAACAAGCAGCGAAGCAAGAGCCUCCGAAGCAAAAGGUCGACCAAACGACAAAAUUCAAAUGGCAAGAUAUCAGAGACGUCCACGUCCGAGACACUGAUGAAAGAUAGCUUCUCUUCCAAUACAACUGGUCAAAAACCAGAUGUCGUCGUCAACAAGAGUCGAAGUAGGCGAUCGUCCCUGACGUCGCCUUCAGGCCGCCACACGAAAGAAACUACCCACAAGGUAACUUCUCGUGCAGAGAAACGAGCCUCCGCCAAAACCACUAGUUACAACAAGAGUACUUCUCGUCGUCGAUCCAGUACCGGUACUGGUUACUGUAUCAACCUUCACGACUCGCAUGGCAGCAAAGGCAACAACAACAUUUUAAUGAGUGACUCUCACUGCCAACGUUGCAUCCUGCAAGACGCUUGGGUUUGUGUCUGUGGGUGGGCCAUGAGCAACGAAAUGAAGCAUUGUGGUUUAUGCGGCUGUCCACAAUCGUGGCAGUGUAGUGACUGUCAAUUUGCCGAAAAUGAAUGCAUCUACAUGUUCUGCGGCCAAUGUGGGAGUUCCAGAAAGACCACCGAGAGCAACAAUAAACAACGGAACCAAAAGCGCCAUAGUUCCAUUCGCUACCUGCCACCCGACAAGUGGGCCUGCAGGUGUGGCAGCUUGCACAAACACAAAAUGAAAUUUUGCGGUAUGUGUGGCGGGGACAAACAUUGGACGUGUGGAGGAUGCAGCUUUGACAAAAACAUGACGUUCUUCUGCUACUGCUCCCAAUGCGGACAACAUGAUGGAAAAACGAACAAUAGCAAGUCAACGACAACACUGACAUCGAGAAGAGGUAGCAGCAGUUCGGGAGCUCGUCAUCAUCAGCAGCAGCAGCAAAAGCGAGCAGGUUCCAUGGACCGGAGUAAGAAAGAAAAUUCCAGGUCGAGACUUGGCUCGGCAGAACCACGAUCGCGUCGGGGUAGUUCGGUCGAAAAGCAGAGCUGA